UGUAAUUGGGUUCACAUGAGAGGCUGGUGGUGGGACUCAUUUCAGUUACAAUCAGCAACAGCAGUAGUCUCGUGUUCAAAUCUCUCUUUACUUACUCUCUCUAACUCUCUCCAUCCCUCCUUCCCCUAUUUUGCUCUCUCUCUCCCCUCAUCUCUCUUUUUUUCUCCUUCUCCUGUAUUCUCUCUCCUCUUUGCUCGCCUGUUGAGAUUAUUCACUCAUAACUCAGAGGACCCAACAUCCUAGCUGAGUCCAGACUGGAGCCAUGGCUCCAGAAAAGGAAAGCAAUGGUCUCGAAAACUACGCAUUUGCUAUUGAUGGGCGUUUCUGUGAUCUGGAGAAGGAUGGAGAAGGCUCCGACCUCUCUGAGGAGGACGACAAGAACAAACUGGCUUACUGUGUCACAGACAUCCCACCCUGGUACCUUUGCAUCAUUCUGGGCAUCCAGCAUUGCUUGACAGCGUUUGGAGGGAUCAUCGCCAUUCCUCUGAUCCUGUCUCAGGGUCUGUGUCUGCAGCAUGACAGCCUGACCCAGGGCCACCUCAUCAGCACCAUCUUCUUUGUGUCAGGCGUGUGCACCCUGCUGCAGGUCACCUUUGGAAUCAGACUGCCCAUUCUACAGGGGGGUACUUUCACCUUGCUGGCUCCCUCCAUGGCCAUGUUGUCGAUGCCAGAGUGGACAUGCCCUGCCUGGACCCAGAACGCUUCCCUGGUCAACGCCACCUCUCCUGAGUAUGUAGAGGUGUGGCAGAGCCGCAUGCGAGCGCUACAGGGCUCUAUCAUGGUGGGCUCCUUGUUCCAGGUCCUGGUGGGUUUCUCUGGCCUCAUCGGUCUCUUCAUGCGUUUCAUUGGCCCCCUCACCAUCGCACCCACCAUCUCUCUGAUUGGCCUGUCCCUAUACGACUCAGCUGGAAUGAAUGCAGGGAACCACUGGGGCAUCUCAACUAUGACGACUGCUCUGAUCAUCCUGUUCUCCCAGUACCUCCGACACAUCCCUGUACCAUUCCCCACAUACAGCAAGACCAAGAAACUCCACACCUCCAAGAUUUACAUCUUCCAAAUUCUACCAGUGCUUCUUGGCAUCACACUGUCAUGGCUGAUCUGCUACAUCUUCACCAUCUCUGACGUCCUGCCCUCACAGCCAGAGCAAUAUGGCUACCUGGCUCGCACAGACCUGAAGGGGGAUGUCAUAGUCCAAGCCCCCUGGUUCAGAUUCCCAUACCCAGGUCAGUGGGGCUUACCAACAGUGAGCCUGGCGGGAGUGGUAGGGAUCUUGGCUGGGGUGAUAUCCUCCAUGAUAGAGUCGGUGGGGGACUACCACGCCUGUGCCAGGCUGUCAGGGGCCCCUCCUCCCCCAAAGCAUGCCAUCAACAGGGGCAUUGGCAUCGAGGGGCUUGGCUGUCUGCUGGCUGGGGCCUGGGGCACAGGCAACGGAACCACCUCCUACAGUGAGAAUGUGGGAGCAUUGGGGAUCACCAAGGUGGGCAGUCGAAUGGUGAUCAUUGCUGGUGGCGUCUUGCUGAUCAUUAUGGGACUGUUUGGUAAAAUUGGAGCCAUUUUCACCACCAUCCCCACACCUGUGGUUGGAGGAAUGUUCUUGGUCAUGUUUGGGGUCAUAUCUGCAGCUGGAGUUUCAAAUCUGCAGUAUGCAGACAUGAACUCCUCCCGGAACAUCUUUAUCUUUGGGUUUUCCAUGUUUUCCGGACUGGUCAUUCCAAACUGGAUAUUCAAGAACCCAGAUGCCAUAGCAACAGGUGUGGUCGAGCUGGACCAACUGCUGCAGGUGCUUCUGACAACCAGCAUGUUUGUUGGAGGCUUCUUUGGGUUCUUCCUUGACAACACCAUUCCUGGAACCAAGCGAGAGCGAGGCAUCCUAGCCUGGAACAAGAUCCACCUGGACGACUCCAGCAACACCUUGGAGAGUAGCGAGGUGUACAACCUUCCAUUUGGAAUCAGCUCUUGCCUCUCCUCCUACACAUGGGUUCGAUAUGUGCCGUUCCUCCCUCUGAAUGCACCCAGCUCACAGGACAAGCCCGGGGUGGACUCUUUGGAGACCAACAAGCAACCUGGGAAGCCAGAGCCCUCACAUAUCAUCAGAUCAGUGGCCCUAUGAACACUGAGCAAGCCCAGACUCUGGCUAAAACAACAACAACAAUAACAAAGGCAGCUCUCGUGACUUGGACCACCUGUCCUGCUCUUAAGACACUGUAAAAGAACGCAAUCCAUACUUAUUUAGUCAGACAUUUUCUACUCACUUCUUGGCCAGAAUCAGAUUAGCAGUAACCCUCGUUAGCCAACAAACGCAUAGCUUUUCAUUGUUUUUGUUUAGUCAGUGUCGGAGGUGUAACUGCAUUAGAGCUGAAAUAAUCCACAAGCGGCUCCUGGCAUUACCUAUCGCAUACAUUGCCAUUGGAUGCCAUUGGAUGCACCCAGUAGCAUUAGUAGAAAUCCCAUGCAGCCACGUUACAAGUUCAAACACUGGAAUGUGGGAUGUAAUGUACAUCUUAAUUAGGUUGAUAUAAAUCCCUAUUAUCCCUAUUAUGUUGACUUCCAGCGCCGACAGAGAAGGCCGCCUCGCUUCGCGUUCCUAGGAAACUAUGCAAUAUUUUGUUUUUUUACGUGUUAUUUAUUACAUUGGUACCCCAGGAAAUCUUAGGUUUUAUUACAUACAGUCGGGAGGAACUACUGGAUAUAAGAGCAACGUCAACUCACCAUCAUUACGACCAGAAAUACGACUUUCCCAAAGCGGAUCCUGUGUUUUGCCCACCACCCAGGACAAUGGAUCGGAUCCCAGGCGGCGAACCAAUACAACAACGCCGUUAAAGGGACAGACGAAGCGGUCUUCUGGUCAGGCUCCGGAGACGGGCACAUCGCGCACCACUCCCGAGCAUACUACUCGCCAAUGUCCAGUCUCUUGACAACAAGGUUGAUGAAAUCCGAGCAAGGGUAGCAUUCCAGAGAGACAUCAGAGACUGUAACGUUCUUUGCUUCAUGGAAACAUGGCUCACUCGAGACACGCUAUCGGAGUCGGUACAGCCAGCUGGUUUCUUCACGCAUCGCGCCGAUAGAAACAACCAUCUUUCUGGUAAGAAGAGGGGCGGGGGAGGGGGGGGGUUAACGAGACGUGGUGUGAUCAUAACAACAUACAGGAACUCAAGUCCUUCUGUUCACCUGACUUAGAAUUCCUCACAAUCAAAUGUCGACCGCAUUAUCUACCAAGAGAAUUCUCUUCGAUUAUAAUCACAGCCGCAUAUAUUCCCCCCCAAGCAGACACAUCGAUGGCCCUGAACGAACUUUAUUUGACUCUAUGUAAACUGGAAACCACAUAUCCUGAGGCUGCAUUCAUUGUAGCUGGUGAUUUUAACAAGGCUAAUCUGAAAACAAGACUCCCUAAAUUCUAUCAGCAUAUUGAUGGUGCUACCAGGGCUGGUAAAACCCUGGAUCAUUGUUAUUCUAACUUCCGCGACGCAUAUAAGGCCCUCCCCCGCCCUCCUUUCAGAAAUGCUGACCACGACUCCAUUUUGUUGCUUCCAGCCUAUAGACAGAAAAUAAAACAGGAAGCUCCCGCUCUCAGGUCUGUUCAGCGCUGGUCCGACCAAUCUGAUUCCACACUUCAAGAUUGCUUUGAUCACGUGGAUUGGGAUAUGUUCCGCAUUGCGUCAAACAACAACAUUGACGAAUACGCUGAUUCGGUGAGCGAGUUCAUUAGCAAGUGUAUUGGCGAUGUCGUACCCACAACAACUAUUAAAACAUUCCCCAACUAGAAACCGUGGAUUGAUGGCAGCAUUCGGACUAAACUGAAUGCGCGAACCACUGCUUUUAACCAGGGCAAGGUGACUGGAAACAUGACCGAAUACAAACAAUGUAGCUACUCCCUUCGCAAGGCAAUCAAACAAGCUAAGUGUCAGUAUAGAGACAAAGUAGAGUCGCAAUUCAACAGCUCAGACACAAGAGGUAUGUGGCAGGGUCUACAGUCAAUCACGGAUUACAAAAAGAAAACCAGCCCCGUUGCGGACCAGGAUGUCUUGCUCCCAGACAGACUAAACAACUUCUUUGCUCGCUUUGAGGACAAUGCAGUGCCACUGACACGGCCCGCUACCAAAACCUGCGGACUCUCCAUCACUGCAGCUGACGUGAGUAAAACAUUUAAGCGUGUUAACCCUCGCAAGGCUGAAGGCCCAGACGGCAUCCCCAGCCGCAUCCUCAGAGCAUGCGCAGACCAGCUGGCUGGUGUGUUUACGGACAUAUUCAAUCAAUCCUUAUCCCAGUCUGCUGUUCCCACAUGCUUCAAGAGGGCCACCAUUGUUCCUGUUCCCAAGAAAGCUAAGGUAACUGAGCUAAACGACUACCGCCCCGUAGCACUCACUUCCGUCAUCAUGAAGUGCUUUGAGAGACUAGUCAAGGACCAUAUCACUUCCACCCAACCUGACACCCUAGACCCACUCCAAUUUGCUUACGCCCCAAUAGGUCCACAGACGACACAAUCGCAACCACACUACACACUGCCCUAACCCAUCUGGACAAGAGGAAUACCUAUGUAAGAAUGCUGUUCAUCGACUACAGCUCAGCAUUUAACACCAUAGUACCCUCCAAACUCGUCAUCAUGCUCGAGACCCUGGGUCUCGACCCCGCCCUGUGCAACUGGGUACUGGACUUCCUGACGGGCCGCCCCCAGGGGGUGAGGGUAGGUAACAACAUCUCCACCCCGCUGAUCCUCAACACUGGGGCCUCACAAGGGUGCAUUCUGAGCCCUCUCCUGUACUCCCUGUUCACCCACGACUGCGUGGCCAUGCACGCCUCCAACUCAAUCAUCAAGUUUGCAGACAACACUACAGUGGUAGGCUUGAUUACCAACAACGACGAGACGGCCUACAGGGAGGAGGUGAGGGCCCUUGGAGUGUGGUGUCAGGAAAAUAUCCUCACACUCAAUGUCAACUAAACAAAGGAGAUGAUCGUGACCUUCAAGAAACAGCAGAGGGAGCACCCCUCUAUCCACAUCGACGGGACAGUAGUCGAGAGGGUAGAAUGUUUUAAGUUCCUCGGCGUACACAUCACGGACAAACUGAAUUGGUCCACCCACACAGACAGCGUGGUGAAGAAGGCGCCGCAGCGCCUCUUCAACCUCAGGAGGCUGAAGAAAUUUGGCUUGUCACCAAAAGCACUCACAAACUUUUGCAGAUGCACAAUCGAGAGCAUCCUGUCGGGCUGUAUCACCGCCUGGUACGGCAACUGCUCCGCCCACAACCGUAAGGCUCUCCAGAGGGUAGUGAGGUUUGCACAACGCAUCACCGGGGGCAAACUACCUGCCCUCCAGGACACCUACACCACCCGAUGUCACAGGAAGGCCAUAAAGAUCAUCAAGGACAACAACCACCUGAGCCACUGCCUCUUCACCCCGCUAUCAUCCAGAAGGCGAGGUCAGUACAGGUGCAUCAAAGCAGGGACUGAGAGACUGAAAAACAGCUUCUAUCUCAAGGCCAUCAGACUGUUAAACAGCCACCACUAACAUUGAGUGGCUGCUGCCAUACAUGUAAAAAAUGUAUCACUAGCCACUUUAAACAAUGCCACUUAAUAUAAUGUUUACAUACAAUACAUUACUCAUCUCAUGUGUACAUACUGUACUCGAUACCAUCUACUGCAUCUUGCCUAUGCCGUUCUGUACCAUCACUCAUUCAUAUAUCUUUAUGUACAUAUCCUUCAUCCCUUUACACAUGUGUGUAUAAGGUAGCUGUUGUGAAAUUGUUAGGUUAGAUUACUCGUUGGUUAUUACUGCAUUGUCGGAACUAGAAGCACAAGCAUUUCGCUACACUCGCAUUAACAUCGGCUAACCAUGUGAGUGUGACAAAUAAAUUUGAUUUGAUUUAAUGA